AUGGGCAAUGGCCAGGCUGCGCGACGAGCUCGGGAGAUCUACGCCGACCUGUCGACCCACGAGGACCGGAAUUACAUCAAAGUCUGCAGCCUGGUGCCGGACAACCCAGACAGGUAUGCGCACCACAGGCGGUUCGACAAGUUUCGCGUGCAGUCCGGAGCCACUCGUCCAGUGUGGGCUGUAGCUGUCGCUGAGGUGAACAUGGUGCUGGCUGCAGCAACGGCAGACCAUGAGGUGCAUCUCUGGGAUUUGGAGACCGUGGAGUUGAAGGUCUCUUUGAAGGGCCACUCCGACCAAGUCUGGGAAGUGAAGUUCUCAACCAACGAGACCACCUUGGCGUCUGGGAGCAGCGACAAGACAAUCCGCCUAUGGGACACUCAAGAUGGGAGUCCUGUGGGGGUGCUUCGCAGUCAUGAAGCUGCCAUUAGGUCCUUGAGCUUUUCCUUCGCUGGGUACCUGAUCUCUGGAGAUCAGGAUGGUCAACUGUUUCUAUGGGAAGCGGAGAAUGCCAUCCCCAUCAAGUCGUGGGCUGCGCACGAUGGUGCCGUCCACAGCGUGGCCUUUUCUCUGGCGGAUCCUUUGCUGGCGCUGUCCGUCGGCGCAGAUGGAUCGGUGGCUUCCUGGUAUGUGAAGAGGGAGGACGACGAAAUGGUUCUCGGUGGGAAGUUCGGAGGUGGCGAAGGGGGUGCUGUAUUGAGCCUCGCUUGUCACCCUGUCUAUCCCGCGAUUGCAGCGGUCGGGAAUGAGGAAGGCCAAGUACGGAUCUGGAACUUCAAGCCGGACUUCCAGCAAGGCCAGGCAGACAUCGCAGGUCACCAGAAGCUCAGCUCCGGGCACUCCAAAGCCGUUUGGUUUCUGGAGUUUUCCCGUGAUGCUUGCCUACUGGCCUCUGGUUCGGCCGACUGCACCGUGCGGGUGUGGAAUGUUUCGAGCAUUCAGUCGCCCUGCCUCUUGGCCGUCUUCCGCGCCCACGAAUCGUGGGUGAGGCAAGUGCGCUGGUUCAGCCAGCCAGGCAAAGGUCGUGGCAAGAAGCGGCUACUGGUGACAUGCUCCACGGACGGGCGGAUCGCCUUGUGGGCCCCUCCUGGGCGACUGCGAAAAGUAAACCAGCUGCAGGAGAUUUCAAGGCGGUGCCCAAGCACGAGAAAGCCGCAGCGCAUGGUGUGUCCUCUCUCCAGGAGACUGCAUGCCACGCCUGACCGUGAAAACAGCAUACUCGUUGGAAUAGAGAGGCGCCGCCUUGGCAUGGUGCAUCGCCUUGGGCUGCCUACUGCUUUGGCUCGGAGGCUAAGUUAA